AUGUGUCCUGUCCAGUGGUCUGAGGAAGAGACCGUUGUUGCGAUUGUGCUCAGCAUGUGGGGAGUUCGUCCCGAUACCAUCGCUACAUUAUUGACUAGAAAGAGUGCCUCUAUAAGGGGGUUCCUCAGUGACUCGUCUGGACCAACAAAUUACAGGCGCACAUCAGGUGCUGUUUGGAACCGGCUCCAAAGAUAUCGCGAUAAUCACAAGGAUCUCUGGAAUCCUGAUCUGGGUGAAUGGAACAGCACUGCUGUAUGCCAGUUCUUCUUACGAUCCGACCUCGAUAAGGAUCUUAUUAUCCAGUUUCUCUCUUGGACAGACGGUGAUGUUGAGUUCAUGGUGAAGUGCGCCGAAAUUGAUCAUCUGCGACCGAUUGAGUCAUAUCAUGAGCUCAGGGAAACUCUUCAGGCCCUGGGCAUUGACCACUUAAGCGACACGUUGUCGGUGGCAUUGGGUUUAGAGACUAGUCAUCCCUAG